CAGCUUUCAGCGGAGCCAUGGUGCAAUGCUCCUGUCCCACACCUGGCGCUGCAGACCAUCCAUCCUUCCACCCCACCCCAGCCCUGUGGAGCCGCAGCGCGCGGGUGCCGCGCACGGCGUCACGCUGGUCACCGCGGUCACCGUGGUCAGCGUGGUCAGCGGGCGCCGGGGCCGACGUGGAACGUCGGCACGGGCGGUGCAGCUGCCAUCGCCGUACUCGGCGGAGAAGGUCGCAGAGGCCUGCGGCUCGGAUGUUGGCGCCGUGCUGGGACGUGUCUGGCAGAUCCUGCGGCGUUGCGGCGCGUGGCUCCUGGCGGAACCCUGGAGGCGCCCAGAAGAUGCACGGCUGGCAGCGGAGCUGAGACAUGGUUUGGUGGACCUGGGGCCCAGCUUUGUGAAAGUUGGGCAACUGCUCUCCAGCCGGGUGGAUCUCUUACCGCACGAGCUCCCGGGGGAUGGGGAUCAUGAUAGAAAGCGUCGAAAUGACAUCUUGAAUGACCUGUUUUGUUUCCCCUUUGACACUGCAGUGCUGGUUCUACGCUUGGAGUCUUUCCUAGAGAUCAGUUUGGCUGAUACUCAGUGGUCAUGGAGAGGCGCUCCGUUGGACUAUGUGGCGUCGUUGCAGCGCGGGGCAGAGCGGCAGCUUGUGGCGGAAUGGAAGAGGCGCUUCAGCAGCGGCCACUGGGAGAUCAUGGAUGGCCAGCUGGAAGAAAUCGACGCUUUCCGCACGGCCAAGGAUGUGAAGGCUGGCACCGCAUUGCUGUUCGAAAGUUCCGCCUGCCGCGCGGCUGCUGGCCCCAAUGCCUGCGAGCAGAUGGCUCGUCAGCUGGAGGGCCAUGCGCGAUACCAGGAGGUGUUGCAGUUGAAGGGCAAUCGCUUUACCGGUGAAACCAGGAACCCCUUGCAGUCCAUCCUAGCCUCCAAUGCUCGGGUGUGCAGCCGAGAGCCAAAGAUGGUCGCUUUGUUUGUGACCUGCUCGAAAGUGCCGCAUUCCUGCCAUCCCAAUGCCUUCCUGGAUGCUGACGGGAGCCACGGGGAUGUCCUUGGCAAUUUGCGGCGCUUGCAAACAGUCCAAGAUUGCCCUGAGGGUAAGGUUGAUCUGGAAGAUCCUCACAACAUUGCGCAGAUCGUGCAGGGUGCAGGUUUCAUUGCUUUGGCCAUGUGGUUGAUCUUCGCGAACAACUCCAAGGUGGCGGUGGCACAAAAGGCGCCCUUGGAACAACGUCAUGCCGUCUGCGCCACCAUCAGCACCGCUGUGGCGUUCCUCGGAUACUCCCGGUGUAUCCGUGUGGGGAUGGGUUAA